AUGGCGAGAGCUUCUACGAGUUCUCGGAGCGCGCGAAAGCGUCUCAGGAGGUCCAGCGAGGCCGAUCCUGCCGCUGGGCCAUCGAGAUCGGACCCCACGUCGACGCCCAGACCCCAGCGUUCGCUCGGGCUCGGUCCCCCACAAUCCUCGUCUCCCGAGUCAGCGACCGCGGCAACGCAUCUUGGAGCGAUCAAGAUGGUAGACGUCCCACUUUCGACCACGUCGCCCGUGCUCACAACGCGGGCGUUCGCAACGAGCUCAAGUCCGACGCGGUCGACGUCGCAAGGAGGGCAUGGCGAGGAAGCAUCCGAAGACGAGGACGAACGACUCAAGCACUGGGAAAACUUUGUGGAAGAGUACCACGAUGGUACGUUUGAUGGUCUUGAUGUGACUAUUGAGACACGCUGAACGGUGAACGGCGGGUGGGCCAUGCCGUCUUGCGCGCGUCGACGCGACGCGACGGUACAAACACGACCGCUCACGUGCCGGCUGAGGUCCACGCACGCCACUUUCGAUCGAGACAAUGUGUACACUCUGGGCAGGCGUGACGGAAACUGAUGAAGCACCAAGGGUGAUCUCGCCACCGCUAGCUGUGAUCGAGCUCCCACUGGAAUUCCGACGGACGUUUACUCUCGUUCGGGAACUCGAGGACUCACAGCAGGGUAAGCCUGCACCGCACUGCCGCCAUUUGCCUCGAAUUUGCUGACAUUCGGACCCACAUUCUCUGCUCAAACAGCUGCUACGCUUGCCUUCAAGCAACAGCUUUUGGCCUAUCUGCACCUCAUUGCCGUGUCCUAUCGCUCGGCGGUUCGGGCUCAGCCGCUUUCGAAAGAAGCCCCCGCAGCCACACCACAAUCACAACCGAUAUCGCACGUCUCUCCGCCGCUGUCGGAAACGACGAGACGUAUGAUGCUGAUCCAAGUGACAAAGGCGGCACGCGCGACCAUACGUGCAGCCGAGGACAAGAUCAAUCUCACACAGACUCUCUACGACUUGGUGAGCGUUAAUGGACACCGUGGUGAAGGACCCGUGCGCCACUGGGCCCCGCUCACACGGCGCCACCCGUUGCCUUGUGAUCGAUAGGUCGACCGCCACAUACAGCGCCUCGACAAUGACCUCGCGCGACAUGAGGACUCUUUUGUGCUCGGCAUGCGGCCCGGCACCCUGCCAUCGCACGAUGCCCCAUCUGUUUCGCAAAAAGAGGCGCCAGGCGCAACCACUUCCCGCGGCGCCAUCGCUCUUGGAGAGAAAGAGGCUUAUGAAGGUAUCAACCUCACUGACGAUGAAGAACGGUACAGAAGGGGCAGAGGUGGCGCAGAUGGGCGGCCCAUGGUGGGCACAGAUAAAUACAUGCAAGACGAGAGACGGCGGCUUCGAGACGAGAAACUGCGAAUGCGGGAAGAAAAGCAAAGGCUCGACACCGCGAUGGGACACAGUAUGUGCACUCGACUGCCAGCUCUACUCGCUCCAGGUGUGUUCGUUGCACUAACACCCGCUUCUGCUCGCGGUCCUCUCCCUCCAGUUGAUCCGAACGAACCGACAUACUGCUUUUGCGAACGCGUUUCCUUUGGCCAGGUGAGUUGGCGCGAGAAGAGUGAACCUGAUCAGCUGCUCGUACCGCCAACCUCACCUUUCCUUCGACUUCUACUUCGCCCCAAAUUUUAGAUGGUGGGCUGCGAGAACGAAGAUUGUAGUCGAGAAUGGGUUCGUCCAGUUGGGUGCUCACGCAGUUCGCUGCCCAGCUUGCCAUUGGCACAGAGCUCGAAUGGCGCUGAUCCCAAACACCUUGACUUUCGCAUUGCUCAUUCAGUUCCACUUCGAGUGCGUGGGCCUCGAUGCUCCGCCUAUUGGUGAAUGGUAUUGUCGCGAAUGCGCAGCGACGGUCGGCCGAGGUACCUCGAUUAACAAGAAGAAAGGACGAUGA